GGUGAGUUAAUCAAGUUAUGGGCACGAAAUGUGUCAGAUUUACAAAUAUUCCUGCAAACGACUCCACGAGUGACCUAUUUGUAUCGGGGCUGCCUCGCACACUCUGAACUUCGCUGCGCAAAGAAGCUGCUCGCCAGUUUACGAUACUUGUAUCGAAAAAGUGCAUCGGCGAUGCAAACCCAAUGAGAGUGAUUUUGCUUUGAGGGAAAGUUGUCUCUGUUGUCUGAUUCCAAAAGAAUGUGUGCAAGGAAUGUGACGUACGUGGCACAGAAACUUCUGCUGCUCAGUCCUUCCCUCCCAAGCGACAGAUGCGGUAUCGGCGACAUCCGGCAGAACCCCGCGUGGCAUGCUGCAAGAUUCCACGGCAGUGUCUCCAGCAUUCAACGACGAAAGACAGAAAGAAAGAACACUGUGACCAAGCAAGAAUCCGUGUCUGUGUCGUGACACCUGUUACAGACGAAACAUUUUUAACAUGAUGGGGAAGCAUUCGUCUGAACGCGUCAGGACCGACGCACGGCCGCGCUCUCCGUCCCGGAAUUGAUGUCCGGUGUUUGUCUUCAUUUAAGCCGUGUUUUCUUCCAUUUAUUCAACCAGUGCACGCCAGAAGAAUGGUGACGUUAUUUGCAAAACUACCAGCAUCACUGGCAUAACUGGUACUCCGAGAGGAAAGUUGCAACCCAGACAUGCCAGGUCGGUAUGCCCCACUGAACCGCCCUGAAGGCCAUCGCGAGAAUGGAUACAGACGGGCAAAGAAACAGACAGCAAAAAGAAAUUUGAAAUGCUGUCAUUCUUCAUCCAGAGGGAGGACAUGGCGAGCACUGCGAAACAGGACUACUGUAAUCGGCAACUGGAACUGGCGAUUUUCGCGCCUGCCUGUCCGUUCCAUGAGCAGUCAACUCUUUGUCCUCUUAGCGCUUGCCGCUGCGGCACAGCCUGGUGAUGCAUCUUGGUUCAUUGCGUCACGUCAGUGGGACUCAAUCCAGAAGCACUUGGCAGUAGGCUUUCCCUCCGAGACUCAGUGGUUAAAAGGAUCGGAGCAGUUCUGCCACGUGUCGCGGACAACCGACCAACGUCCUACUUCGGCACUCAGUGUCUCCCGCAGCAGACACGCAGUUUCUUCUGACAUCAGGGAAUGCACACCUCCAGAAUGGGAUGCCACGGACAAUAGAAGACACUUAGGAGUUGUCUUCGCAGUGCCACCACCUCUCCGUCUCAUCCCGGUGUCACCUGUCUCCUCGGCUGCUGCUUUUCUUGGUGAUAUCUUUUCCUGGCGUCGUCACCUCUGGAAAAUACCAGGAUCAUCUUCUGCACUUGCUGAAUCAAUACUUCCACGCAGUCAGAUUCAUCGUGAAUGCAGCAAACCUGAGCUCUCUUUCCUCUGUGCAUUCAUCCCGUCUUCCUCGGUCGUCCAUCGUCUCUCUCUGCUUAUCCCAGCCCCGUUGCAUCCGUCCGUAUCAGGUAGUACCUCUUCCUCCGCACUUCACGUGUACCGCAACAAGUUCCUCCACAUCAAUCCCGUGAGAAGAGUGAAGCAUCUCAGGAGGAACAGCGGGCGUUCCCAUGUGCAUGAACUGGCUCGUGAGCGCUACCUCCUCCACCGCCAAAAGGAUGUGCGCGACUACUACCGAAUGAAGAUUCGGCCGCACGUAGACACAUGCCCGCAUAGCCAGCGUAAUGCGGCUAUCAAGAAGCCCUAUCAAGGUGUUAAUGAAGCCAGAAAGGAAGAAAAUCGGCGGUUGAAUGCAGAGGACGACCUCCGCGACGAGGCACGAAUCGCUCUUCUGCGGGCCUUUCUCGACUCCCAAUCUGCUCUGGUACCGGCAGCGGGAGAAGCCGAUGACGCUGUGUGGACCGAAGUGGAAGGUAAUGACGGAGACAGAGACAGCCCACAGAGAAGGGGAAAUGGAGGAGUAUCCGAUGUCAGUGAGUCAGCCUCAUUUUUGCCGGGGCUACAGGACACAGGAAAGAAGAGCGGAGGUGAUGGAUGGGCUACCUUCAGUGAUGUGAAGAAAGCGUGCGAGGAACUGCAACUACUACUUCGUAAGCGUCGCAUGCUCCGACCGCUUGGAAGUCACAAGCUCUUCGUCAGUGGAGUAGAUGACCGCCUAAUGAACUCGGAUCUGGAAGACUUCUUCGAUUUUUUCUUUCGGAAAACCAAGGUGAAGCUGCACAAGAAUGCGGAUGGCACACACCGGGGAAGUGGACUCAUCAUGUUUGAGACGACUCUUGAUGCGACGCGGUGCCUUCUAGAGUUCAAUGGCGUCCGCAUUGGUGCGAAACGUCUUUUCCUUGCUGAGGCACUGGGGCCUCCACUAAAGCCGAAGGUCAAAAAGGAAUAUGUGCUACCUGCCUUCCCAUUCGGCCCGUCUUCUUCCGCAACUCAAGCUGGAACUAGCUGCGGUAACAUCAGCGCACCGUGACGUGUCAAUUAUGCGUGUGUGAAAGCUGGCAGCCCAUGCGGGGGCUCUUCGCAUUAGUGUUGUACCUUGACAAAUCAAGAUUGAUGGCCCCAGUGAGUUCAUUCAACGACGUCGAGAAUUGAGCAAGCGUGUGUGAAGCGGUAAUACAAGGAUUGUUGAGAGGAAGGUCGUUUUCGAGAAAGGUGGUCGCGUUGUACCCGAAAACGAACGAUCGAGUUAACGUGUGUCCGUCGACUGGUUUGUUGCUGGAGUACUAUCCGAUAGCGGCCCAUCCAAACAAAACACGAAUUCCAUUUGUUAUAAGG